AUGCGCGUCCCUGUGAACAAGGAUUCGUGUCCUGGUAAGAAAGGAUCGCUAUACAAGACGCGGCUGCUGGUGCAGCGGCUGAGGCUGUCGUCGCUGGGCUGCGGGGAAGCAGCGAUCGCGACGCUGAGCGAUCGCACAGCACGCGUCGUUAACAUCGUCCACGAGUCUCUGUCGCCGGCGACGAUGGCCACGGCGGACGCUACAAGCGACGGCUGCUGGGACGAGCAGCUCUACACUGUCACGUCGGCGAACCAGGCGCUGGCACAGUGGCGCCUCCUGUGUGACAACCUUCCCCUACUCAUCGUCGGGCUGUCGCGGCAUGCAGAGGGAGCCACGGGAGUCUGCGAUCUCCUCGUGCAGACGAUCGUCGACGACGACGUCACGGCAACGACAGAUAAGUGUGUGACGUCGCCGCGUGCCGUCGUCGCCGUGAGAGCGCUGCAGGACGCCAGCCUGUACGAGCUCGCUGGCUUCCAACGUCACAUCAUGGCCGCCGUGUGGCAACGCGUGCGCGACGACGCGACCAGCCUCGUAGCCGGAUCCAAGACGUGUUCGCGUAAAUUGAGGGACAUCUUUGACAAACUGCAGAUACUCGCAGGAGACGACCGCGAAGGAGGUGAUGACUCAUCGUCACGCGUGGAGCUGUCAGAGGUCGCGACCUUGCUCGUUGAGUUUCAGACGCGCGCCGCCUCGCGGGCGGGGCGUCUGAGCGUCGGCAUGGAAACGCCUGCGGGCUGCCGUGCGUGGCAGGGCAUAUCUACGUUACUUGAGAGCCUGCAGGUGGCGCUACUGUCUGAGACGCACCUCGCCUGCUGUUUCGUCGCUGCGGCCGUCGCUCUCAUCUGUCUGCCUACAUGGGCGAACAAGGAAGCUUCUCUACUGGGAAGAUUCACGUCUCUCAUGGAGCAGACGCUCGACCUUGGACGACCUUGUGAACUGCUUCGUCGCUCCGUGCCGGAGGAAUUCUUCGAAAACAUGCGAUCUUACGUCAACGCAGAAGGUGAAGGCAUGGAGUACCCCCGCCUGACACGAUUCUUGGUGAAGCUGAGCAUGGGUAAAGCGCCCCCUGGCGAGCGAGACGGCGGAAGCACUCAGGACAGUGUGGUGCAGUUUGCCCGCCGCGUGUACACGUGUUCACCGGACGAGCUACGUUCCAUCGUCAGCGAUCUACUGCAGCAAACAAUGCAGAAAGACGCGUUUCUCUUAUCGCUGCCGCUGUGGGAGCAGCUACUGACCCGCCACCUAGCGGACGCCAAGCAGAAGACACUGCUGCCGUUACUCGUGCACGUCGUCAUAGCGACGCAGGGUCUGUGCGGGAGCGACGACCCGGCGGUGAUAUGUGCGGCGCUGCAUCUGCAGACGCUCGUGCUGCGAUCUACAAAGGGCGUGUUGAAUUUCGGCAAGACGGCGGUGCUGUGCCUGCACAGCGUCGCUCGCGUCGCGCUAGCCGACGUGGUGGCGCCCUCUAGCCAGCCGCCGGUCAUCAACGCGAUCUACGAGUUGCUUCAUGAGCUGAUCGCCUCUCACGCGGAGGGAGCGCUGCACGCCAUACCCAGCUACGUGCACGCCACCAAGAAGAUGUUGUUUGGCAUCAUGCAUGCUGGCAAGCAGACCGGGGAGCCUGGUGGACAGCGGUCAGCAGCCAGCAAUGAGGUCAUCCUGUGUGCUAACAACGUGGACAGGUAG